AAUUACUCGCAUGGCAACGGAUUAUCUAACAAAAAUAAUCCUGCCAAUACCUCGCUUAUCUGGAACCCAUAAAAUGGAGAUGGUAUCCAAGGGCAAUGGCAAAAGGCGCCUAGGUACCAGGAGCCAGAAUGGUUGCUGGACGUGUAAAUUAAGGAGGAAGAAGUGCGAUGAACAUCAACCCAUAUGCAAGACAUGCGAAGUCUUGCGAAUUUCCUGCGAGGGGUAUGGGCCAAAGCCUAUAUGGAUGGACAGAGGGCCUCUUGAGAAGGAAACAGCCGAAAGAGUGAAGAUGGCCGUUGCUCUGAAUGGACCAAAGAGAACACGAAAUCGCCGGAAGGCAACUACCAUAUCUACUCCCCCCGUGGAUUGCUCUCGCAAUACAGCAGCUCGAGAUGAGGAAGUGCACCAAGAGCUUACAAGACACACAUAUCCGAUGGCUCACGGGAGUGAUGGCCCUUCAAUGUCUUUUGAUGAUCUGCUCGUCACGAACCAUAUGAACUGGCAGGACUCAAGGCACCCAGGAAUAGGGGAUAUGGAUAUGAUCAUGACAAAUAUGCCAAGCAUGUCUCCCUUAACCUUCUCAUCGCCCAUUGACCUUGAGUUAGGGUGUUUCUCUUUCUCCGGUAUUGACACAGUUAGUCCUAAACAGCCACUGAGUAUAGCCUUGACGGAGAUGUUGCAACCGGAAGGUAAGAUAAUCACAGAUGAAGGAGCGCCAAAUGAAACCCCUUUAGAACAACCGGAGCUCCCACAGGCAGAUCCAGUGUAUCAUAAUCGUUGUUUCUCUUAUGGCCGAAUCUCACCGAUGAGUUCGAUCUCUGCAGGCUCAUCAUCUGCCGACUCUCGUGGAUCACACAUAGAAAGGGCCAUGCUGCUAUCUUACUACAUGAGCAAAGUGAUACCAAAGCAGUUCCUAUUCGCGUGGGUUAGUAACCCCGAAGACAUGCAGUGGUUGCAGUUUCUCCUCCUAAGCUGCACACAAGUCCUAGAAGUCUCGAUGGUACUUAGCAAGGCAUACUACCUCAACAGUUUUGUAUCUGUGGCUGGAUCGGAACUACCAAAGGAAUAUGACGAUCAAUUAUCUGAAAUAAGCAGGAUUCUCAAGACAUUCCCCUCCCCUUCAGCAACGAUAUCGCUUCUCGACGACGAACAAAGGAUAUCACAAACCAUAUCUGCUUGCGCUUGUCUGAUUCAGUGCAUACAGCUAGAGAUUUUCUACGGAGGGUCAAGCUGUUGGGUAGACUACCUUCAAGAAGCGGGACAAUACACGCAAAGCCUUAUCGACUUAACUAUCUCAAGCAAGAAACACCAGCUCCCUGCCCACAGCUCACUGGCUCAUGGCGAGUCCGUUCUGUGGCUGACGACAGGAAAGGCACUGCUGAGUAAGCUGAUCUGGCUCGACGUCCUGGCCACAGUCUCUACCGGAAAAGGACCUUUUCUCGGCAUCAAACACAAUGUUCUUCUCCACUCAGCUGAAAUCGACAUGGUCAAGGCAUCUGGUUGCCACAACGAUGUUGUCUUGGCGUUGAAUGAAAUUACCGCUCUGAAAAGCUGGAAGAUGCAGGCCGAAAGUCAGAGAAGGCUAAGCACGAUUGAGCUAGUGACUCGCGGUAGUACCAUCGUGGACUCACUCAACAAUCUAAUUUCUAGCCAGAUUGAGACUUCCAUGAGACCUCAGGUAGCUAACGGGAAAAGAGGAAUCUCGCCAGAGCUACUGGCCCACAGAUCUCUCGAAGAACUCUCAAAAGAUAUCACGAUCGUCUAUGCGCGCGCCGCCAUCGUCCACGUGCACUUUGUCCUAUCCGGGUCGAAUUUACACAUUGACGAGAUACGAAUAGGCACAGUGGAUUUGAUUAAAUCCUUAAAAGGGUUAUGCAAGAGUGGAAUGAUUGAUCAUGCUCUGUGGCCCCUGUGUGUGGCCGCGUGUGCGAUUCGUGACGAGGACGAGGAGCAAUGUCUUUUCCAGUUCAUCGACUCAGAGGAUCGAGAUCAGGGCCAUCGCCACGUGCAUAAGCGGACGUACCAUGCUAUAAGGCAAAUCGGGCGUGAAUGUCGAAAUUCCAUACUAGUCGAUGGGGGGUCAUCUUGUUGGGUUAACGCCAUGGACCGUGUCCAGAACUACAUACUUCUUGCCUAAGCUGGCAUUCAAGAAAACUAAAAAAAAAAAAAAAAAAGGUGACAGAAAGAACUGCAGAUGAAAUCCAAGAAAAUGAGUUACCCUAUCACUAUUCAUUUGUUAGGUAAGUCCUGUGCGCUGUGCCGGGUUGCAAGCGUUUCCGCAACCUCAGCCAAGCGGCGACACGCCCAACGGGUCUACAUGACCGGGAGCAAAAUCGCGCAGCCAAUAGGAUGACAUUUAGCUUAUCCUCGUGCUUUGCUGAUUCAUAGUAUUGGGCUCAUAGAAACCACCGACUUAUUAUCAAGGCGAAAAUUACUUAGAAUGUGUCUUUUGCAAUCGUCUUGGAGAUUUCAACCGUGACAAUACUAGGUCGGUAUCAACCUGGUCGCAAAUGCAAGUUCAAGCUGCGUUUCUAUCGAAUCUCCCUACACCGGCCCCUUUCCUACGUAUGUCUUAAGAUAUAAUUAAAUCUAGAUGGCGAAACUCCCACGUACGACCAUAGCCAUCGGAAAACUCGGGAUCCCGUCCGCUCUCCC